AUGUUGCCAACAGCGGUGGAUUUGUUUAUGGAUGCAACCAAUUCCUAUUUUGAGAAAGGGUCCCUCCUCGAGGCUGGGCUUGCUGAGACGGACCAGACCAAGCGGCAAACGAGGUCGCCUAUUUGCACUUUCAGCUCCACAUACAACGCCACUUGGCUCCUUGAAUGCGGCAACGGCGUGAAUAAUGGAGAUCUCGGGUUGGAGGAGCCUGCGCCGUUCAGUUACUCCACCGGUGUGCCUCAAAGGUCAGAUACUUGGCCGGGUGUGUUUCGAUAUGCCAAAUAUGCUGCCAACCGACACUUCCUUAUUAUUGGCAUCCUGCUGUAA